AUGCGAUGGGACGCGUCACGAUGGUCAACCAAUCCCUAUUGCGCCCUGGUGAUUGUUGUCAUAGCCUGCGGUGGAAUUCCCAAAGGCUAUGACGAAGGCGGUUAUAGUGCCAGCGUGUCUCUUCCUUCAUUUAAGGCGGACUACAACCUCGAUUCAUCACAUUGGGAAAAUGACGCCACUGGUUUAGCCAACCGGAAUGCAAAUAUUACUUCCUUCAAUGUGCUAGGGGCAGCGAUCGGAGCCCUACUCGUCCUCGAUCUAAACGACAGACUCGGCCGCUUGGUGGCGUGGCGCCUAGCAUGCAUCGUAUGGGCAAGUGGCACACUGAUGCAAAUAUUUGCAUCUGGCAUCUACGGAUUCCUGCUGUUUAGUCGUAUAUGGGGUGGAUUAGGAGCUGGUGCCCUGACAGUGACUGGUCCACUGUAUUUAAGUGAAAUAGCCCCUGCUAAAACACGCGGUCUGGUGGUGGGGGUAUACAUGGUGCUAUUAUUAACAUUCCUAGCAACAGUUGAUCGCCACUCGAUAGGGUUCUUUGUGAACUACGGUGCUAGAGUCCACAUGUCGAUCACCCGAACCCAAUACCGCCUAGUUCAGGCUGUUCCAUUAAUACCGACAGGGAUCGCAUAUUGCCUGUCAUACUUUUGUCCUGAAACACCUAGGUAUCUUGUUUCGAAACAGCUCCAUGCCGAAGGAUUGAAUGCGCUAGCGCGUUUGCGCGGAAAAGCCAUCAAUGACCCGGACGUGGUGGCCGAGUUCGAGACCAUCGAUGCUCAGGUGCGCAAGCGUGAGACGGACCUUGCGUCUGUGUCGCAUUGGGCUAUAUUCAAGGAGACCCAGACCAAUCCAAAUUACCGCCAGCGCUUUUGGUUGGUCAUGACCAUGCAGAGUAUCGGCCAAUGGACCGGUGGGAAUGGAAUCACGUACUACGUCACGAGCAUUUUCAAGUACGCGGGCCUAAUAGGCGAUGCCGAAUCCCUUGUCGGCUCCGGCGUCUACGGCGUCGUGAAACUGCUCUUCACAAUGGCCUUCACGUGGGGACUUAUUGAUCUUCUGGGCCGACGGCGCUGUACCCUCGUCGGCCUAACUCUCCAACUAGCAGCACACAUCUACAUGAGCAUAUACAUGGGCCUGCGACCAGGAUCUGCGGACAAUCACCACGCAUCAAAUGCAGCGGUCGCUUCGGUCUUUGUCUACGCCGUCGGCUGGUCUAUCGGUCUAUGUACGGUGCCCUACUUAUAUGGCACUGAGAUCUUCCCCACGCGCAUUCGAAACGUCAGCUACGCGGUCAGCAUGGGAUUGCAUUGGCUCUUCCAAUUUGCCGUUGUGCGUGUUACACCAAAUAUGUUCGUUUCGCUGGAUGUUUGGGGUGCUUAUCUCUUUUGGUCGCUCAUAUGUUUCUCGGGACUGAUCAUCCUUGGCAUCUUGAUGCCAGAGACUAAGGGUGUACCGAUUGAACAGAUGGGUGACCUAUUUGAUGGGCCGUGGUAUUUGCGCUGGAAGGCAAAACCCAGGGAAUUGGUUGAUACCUCACGCCUUUCCACGGAGCAUACUCUUGCGUCCGAGGAUGCUCCUCCACCCAAGGUUCGCGAUUAG